UCGUUUUCUAAGGAAUUUUCUUCCAUUGUGAAAUAACGUUGUGUCAGUACAUGUGGACGUCAAUUGUUGUGGUUUAAAAUAAUUAAAUAAUUUCUUAACUUUGAUAUGUUUGUGGUAUUUUGAGAACAAAAACUACAACAAUAUGCCACCGAAACAAAGAAAGAUUGCAAUUAUGGGAUACAGAUCAGUGGGUAAAUCAUCCCUGAGCAUCCAGUUUGUAGAUGGACAGUUUGUGGAUUCCUAUGACCCAACAAUAGAAAAUACUUUCAUAAAGACAACUCGAGUGCGUAGUCAGGAGUAUGACCUGAAGCUGGUGGACACUGCAGGUCAGGACGAGUACUCGAUAUUCCCAGCCCAGUACUCAAUGGACAUACAUGGUUACGUCCUCGUUUACUCCAUCACAUCCAGCAAAUCCUUUGAAGUGGUGCAAAUCAUUUAUGAGAAGUUGCUUGAUAUGACGGGAAAAAUCCAUGUUCCUAUAGUGUUGGUGGGCAACAAGACUGAUCUCCACAUGGAGAGGAUGAUCAGCAGCGAUGAGGGUAGAAGACUGGCAGAAAGUUGGAAGGCUGCUUUCAUCGAAGCAUCUGCCAAGCAGAAUGAAGUAUGUUCACCGUUCAGGAGUAGUUCGGUCGCUGACAUAUUCCAUACAAUGCUCUUGGAAAUAGAGAAGGCCAACGGUAACAUGCAGGAGAAGUCCAACUGUUCCGUCUCUUGAACGAGCCGAGCCAAACAUGACGUACAAAUCUCAUCAUCCCAAAAGUUGUUUUCUCAAACAGAAAAACUGUAACUGUCUUAAUCACUUCAAAGAAGUCACAAAUUUUACUCCCGUCAGUGGUCGGUGUUACUUAUCGGCCUGUGUACAAUACCAUUCAUUAUACUAUCACUAUUGUUGAUCCAUGCUAGAUACAUUUAUUUGUAUACAAUUUUAAACGUGAACAAUACAUAGGCUAUUUUUGCUAGUUGUUGGUGUAGAGAUAGGGUAGAUUAAGGUUCCUUUAUUUGUACAUUGUGUGUAUUGAUAUCAUCACUUAUAUAUUUGUAAAUACAACAAAUGAAUGACUAAGUAAUAUGUAUGUUUGGGUGCGUAAUGUACAAUGUUUUAACGUGACAUACGUCAGUUAUUUAAUGAUAAUGGGUUUUUGUUAAACUUAAGUUAGCGUCUUACUGUAAAUGGUUUUCAUAAUAAAGAACAUAUGUAUUUGAAAUUAAUUUAUUUUGUAUUAUACUUUUGAAACAAUAAAGUAAUAAAAAUUGUAAGAGUA